GCCGCUCAAAUCGAAUCAGUUUGAGAAAAAAUCGCGCCGGAUACGGACACGUACGUGGAUUGUGGCGGACAGUCCGGAUAAUCGAGUGGGAUUAAACGGCCGGAAUCAUGACGAAAACGACUAAGCCCAAGGAGAAGGCGGCGGGGGGAAUGGGGGCUGGAACGGGCGCGGGAUCGGGGGCCAAGGUGGGCGGUAGUCUGCUGACGAAUGCGGCGGACAGCAAGAUCCGUACGGCCAAGUCCAACAACAACAAGCGGCAGUCAGGACGAGCAGCAGCAGCAACAACAACAGGAACAACAGCAACAACAACUGCAGCAACAGGACCAAAUGCAGCGGCGAAAGAGACGGCAAUAGCGAUCGAAACGGAGCCAGCAGAGGGAGCGGCAGCGACGCUGACAGCGCAGCCAGCCGAGGCAGCGACGCCCGCCGCAGCGAAUUUAUCGACACUUGAGUCCGCGCGCUCGCAGGCUCACACUUCAGUUGUCAGCGAAACAGCAAGCCAAGCGGUAACCACACCAAACGCGCCGGCCACAGUUAUAGCAACAGCAACAUCAGCAGCAGCAGCAACACUAAGCGACACAACAGCAACAUUAAACGACACAGCAGCCGCAUCAAUCGAUGACGAAACCAGUGCGUUAAAUAAUAAUAGUAAUAAUAAUAGUCAGCCGGAGAACAUCGCGAGUGAAAGUGUCCACCAGAAAGUGUCCACCAUUAAGUGUCUGCCCGAAAGUGUGCAGCAGAUCUACGAGCAGCAGCAGCAACAGUUUCUCGCCCAGCAGCAACAGCAACAGCAGCAGCAGGAGCAGGAGCAACAUCACCAUCACCAGGCGGUGCAGGAGCAACAUCAGGCCAGUUGGCUGGCCUAUGACCUGAGCAGCGGUUCAGCGGCAGCAGCAGCGGCGGCAGCAGCGGCAGCCUCGCAUCCCCACCUCUUUGGCCACUUUCCCUACGCGGCCAGUCAUCCUCAAGCCCAGCUGUACGAGCAUUACGCCAGCACUACGGAUCCCAUAAUGCGGAACAACUUUGCGCUGUAUAGCGUUUAUGCCGGAGGCGGCGGCGGCGUGGGCGUGGGCGUGGGCAUGGCCAGCCAUGAGCAUUUGGCAGCGGCAGCAGCAGCAGCAGCGGCCCAGGGGACAACACCCAACAUAGACGAGGUCAUCCAGGACACCCUGAAAGAUGAGUGCUUCGAGGAUGGACACAGCAGCAACUAUCAUGUGCUGACCUCUGUCUCAGAUCUGCACACCCUCAAGGAGGCCAGUCCCUAUGCCCUUACGCACGAGCAACUCCACCAGCAGCAGCAGCAAUUGUUGCACCAGCAACAGCAGCAACUCUACCACCACCAGCAACAACAGCAGCAGCAGCAGCAACAUCACCAGCAGCAUCACCAUCACAACAACUCGGCCAGUUCGGCUGGCGGGGAUUCGCCAUCGUCCUCGCACCCACUGUCCACCCUGCAGAGAUUCACCCAGCUGACCAGCGCCAACCAGCGGGAUAGCCUCUCGCCGGAGAACGACGCCUACUUUGUGGCCACCCAGCCGGCCAGCAGCUUGCAGAACAGUUCUGUCUAUGCUGGAUCCUUGCUCACCCAGACGGCCAAUGGCAUUCCAUAUGGCAUGCAGUCGCCCAACCAGACGCACGCCCACCUCCAGCAGCAGCACCACCAGCAGCAGCAGCAGCAACUGCAGCAACACCAGCAGCAACAGCUGCAGCAGCAACACCACCACCAGCAGCAGCACCACCACAACUCCAGCAGCAGCAGUCCGGGGCCAGUGGGUCUGCACCACUCCAGCUCCUCGGCGGCCACGGCGGCGGCGGUUGCAGCGGCAACGGCGGCGGUCAAUGGACACAAUAGCUCUCUGGAGGAUGGCUAUGGAUCGCCCAGGAGCAGCCACAGUGGCGGCGGUGGUGGGGGAGGCGGCACUCUGCCCGCCUUCCAGCGGAUCGCAUCCGUCAGCAGUGGCUACGUGAGCGGCGUGGCCAAUGGCUCGGUCAGUGGCGCCGAACGCUACGCUCCAAUGAGCAAUUACCGCAGUCAGAACGAAGCCUGGUUCGAUCAAAUGGGGGGCUACUCCUCGGGGGGACAGCCGCAACUGGGCGUCGGAGUUGGACCCGGAGUGGUCACCAAUGUGAUACGGAAUGGCAGGGCCAUCUCGGCGGCCAAUGCAGCAGCCGCUGCGGCAGUGGAUGGAUCAACUCCUGGAGCCUUUCUCUCCGCCUCGGCAUCGUUGUCAGCAAUGGCCGCUGAAUCAGGCGGGGAUUUCUAUAAGGCCAACUCAUUUAAUGUGGGCGGCGGUGGCCGUAGUAAGGCCAACACGAGUGGUGCCCCCACCGCGCAGGCCUACUCCUCCUGUCCAGGCUCGAGUGCAACCUCGGCGACUUCGGCGGUGGCGUCGGGAACGGGAGCCACUGCAGCCACGACGCUCGACGAGCACGUUAGUCGCGCCAAUUCGAGACGCUUGAGCGCCUCCAAGAGAGCCGGACUAUCCUGCUCCAAUUGCAACACCACCCACACGUCCUUGUGGCGCCGCAAUCCUGCCGGAGAACCCGUCUGCAAUGCCUGCGGACUGUACUUUAAGCUCCACAAUGUCAACCGACCGCUGACCAUGAAAAAGGACACCAUUCAGAAACGCAAGCGCAAACCGAAGGGCUCGAAGAGCGAAAAGUCCAAGUCGAAGUUGAAGAACGCCCUGAACGCCACCAUGGAGAACGGCUCUUUGGCAACCAGUUGCCACAAUGUGGGCCUCGGUCUGGACAGCAGCCAGAUGGAUGUGAACGAUGAUAUGAAGCCACAGCUCAAUAUGAAACCAUACAACUCAUACUCAUCGCAGUCGCAGCAGCAGUACAACCAGCAGCAGCAGCAGCAGCAGUUGCUUAUGGCUGAUCAGCACUCAUCGGCGGCCAGCUCGCCACAUAGCAUGGGUUCCUCCUCAUUGUCGCCCUCAGCCACAUUGCAUCCGAAUCAGCAUCAGCCACAUCCUCAUCAGCAGCAGCAGCAGCAGCAGCAGCUCUGCUCCGGACUGGACAUGUCGCCCAGCUCCAACUACCAAAUGUCGCCACUCAAUAUGCAACAGCAGCAGCAGCAACAUCAGCAGCAAUCUUGCAGCAUGCAGCAUUCACCCAGCACGCCCACAUCCAUCUACAAUACUCCAUCGCCCACUCACCAGCUCCACAAUAAUAACAACAACAACAACAAUAGCACGCUAUUUAAUAACAACAACAACAGCAGCAAUGAGAAUAACAGCAAACUUAUACAGAAAUAUCUACAAGCUCAGCAGCUGAGCAACAACAACAGCAGCAGCAGCGGCUCCACCAGCGACCAUCAGCUGCUGGCCCACCUGCUGCCGAACUCGAUUACGGCAGCGGCAGCAGCAGCGGCGGCAGCAGCGGCGGUGAUCAAGACGGAGGCGGCGGCGGCGGCGUCGGCCCUGUCACUCACCUCCCAGGCCAACUGCUCCAGCUCGGGAUCGGCGGGACUUACGAUCACCUCAACACCGACCACGGCAUCGAGCGGAUUAUCGUCCCUGGGCCACAGCAGCCAUAUUAGUCUGCAGAAUCCGUAUCUUCAGCUGGGCCUGGGCCAGGCGAGAUCCUCGCCGCCCUACUACCUGACCACCACCGAGGAGGAUGACCAGCCGGCGCACAUCAAGCUGGAGGAGAUGGAUCAGCAGAGUCAGGGGCAGGGCCAUCAUGGCGAGAUAAUGCUCAGUCGAUCGGCCUCGCUGGACGAGCACUACGAACUGGCCGCCUUCCAGAGACACCAGCAACAGCAACAGCAGCAGCAGCAACAUCUCCAGCAGCAGCAACAGCAACAGCAGGCAGCUGCCCUUUUGAGCCAGCAACACGAGCAGCAUGUGACAAACUAUGCCUUGCACAAGUUCGGCGUGGAGCGGGAAACGGUGGUGAAGAUGGAGUAGAAGGAGUGGCCGCAGCUCUCUACCCAUGACCAAAGAUUCUGUUGUUACAUAAAUCUCAUAGCUCCAAAGAAUUUAUAGCCUGUAUACCAAGAGAGUUGUUCUUAAAGAACCCUCCGCCUAUCUAACGCAUCAUUAGUUGUUGUACAUAUAUAGUACGUUUUAAUUUUAAGCUUAAGUCGUUUGACAUUUCCAUAUUUUUUCGGCGAAUUUUAAUGGCCCACCACUCGAAAUUUUGUUGUUAUUGAAUUGUAGUUUAAUUCUUAGCAAAAUGCCAAAAGCAUAAAAUCGAUUCAGAUUCUAGGUUAAGUCUUACAAAUUUGUUAUCAAAUCGAAUACCUUUUGAGAUUUCCCACAAUCAAAUUCCACUUAGAUAUUAGCCACUAAUUUAAGUUAAGCCAGCAAACAAUGACAAAAAAAAGACACACAAAAAACAAAAACAAUCGAAGUAACCAAUAAUCUCAUGCAAAUUAGUUAGUAAUUUAUCUAUUUCUUAUAACAUUAUCGAUAAAUAUUUAAAGCAAUUUAAGUUUUAGACGCGUACAACUUUUUACAUCAUCUUUGCAAUAUUAAUUUUAUUUCUUUUGAGCGAAUAAAAGACAAUUGUCCCUGAAAUGUUUCAAAA